UGCGGAAACAAACGAUAGCCACAUAUGAUUGAGGACAACAUUUCAAAUGAAGCUCCUUUCCCUCCUCCACCCCACGUCCCCUGCGCCAGCGAGAGCAAAACGGACGCUCGAGACCGCUCCCACGCCGUCUCUCCGUCACCGUCGCCGCUCGUCUUCCACCGGAGCUCCGGCCGUUCGAACCCCUCGAGAGCGGAGGCGAGAAGCGUUGCCGAAACGGCUGCUCUCCCUGCUGCGAAGGCACGGCGGGAGCCGCCGGGUCGCGCUGCAGGUUCACGGUCGCGUCGUCGCUUCUGGGUUGCUGCUCCGAGAGCAGUCUUCCUCGUCUGCGGCGACGCUUCUCUUCAACGCCCUUCUGCGUUGUUAUGCGCUUGAUCGGUUCCCUCUUGAAGCUUUCUUGCUCUACAAAGACAGCCAAAGCGGCGUUCUUUCUGCCUCCUCCUCUGUUUCCUUCAAUAGCUUCACGUACACUUUCCUUCUCAACUCUUGCGUCGGCUUGGGCUGCACCGUUCCAGGAGUUCAGCUCCAUGGGCUGACUCUGAAGCUGGGUUUUGAGUCCCAUGUCUACGUGCAAACGGCUUUGGUUUAUAUGUACGUGGCUUGUGGGUCUGUAGGUGAGGGGGGGAAAGUGUUCGACGGUAUGCCCGAGAGAAACCCUGUUACGUGGAACGUCUUGAUCAGUGGUUUGACGAAAUGGGGUCGCCUUGACCUUGCUCGUUCGCUCUUUGAGGAGAUGCCCGUGCGGACUGUUGUUUCCUGGACUGCAAUAAUUGAUGGUUACACACGAACGAAUCGGCCUAAUGAAGCCAUUCAUCUGUUUAGAAAAAUGGUCACGGAUGAUGGUAUUACCCCGUCUGAGAUAACUAUGCUGACCAUCUUUCCAGCCAUUGCCAACAUUGGGUCUGUGAAAGUUUGCCAAUCUGCUCAUUGCUAUGGUGAGAAAAGAGGAUUUAAUUCAUCCGAUAUUCGUGUUGUGAAUUCCCUUAUUGAUUUGUAUUCCAAAUGUGGAUGCAUUAUGAGUGCAUCAAAAUUCUUCGAGGAGAUAAUGGAUGCGAGGAAAAAUUUGGUAUCGUGGACAUCAUUAAUUUCUGCAUUUGCAAUGCAUGGUAUGGGAGAGGAAGCUGCUCAGAGUUUUGACAGAAUGGAGAGUGGUGGUUUGAAGCCGAACCAAGUGACUUUCUUGAGCGUUUUGAAUGCUUUCAGUCAUGGAGGGUUGGUUGAAGAAGGGUUAAGAUUUUUCAAGAAGAUGGUUAAUGUCUAUCAACUUGUGCCAGACAUUAAGCACUAUGGGAGUUUGGUAGACAUGCUAGGAAGGGCAGGGAGGCUGAAAGAAGCGGAAAAAGUCGCUCUGGAGGUUCCUGGAGAGAUUGCCAAUGUGGUCAUAUGGAGGACACUUCUAGGUGCCUGCAGCUUUCAUGGUGAUGUCGAGAUGGCUGAGAGGGCCACCAAGAGGAUAUUGGAGAUAGAGAGAGGAUAUGGAGGGGAUUAUGUGCUUAUGUACAAUGUCUUUGCUGGUGCUGGAAGGUUUAACGAUGCUGAGAGGUUGAGACAAUUGAUGGAUCAAACCACUGCGUCCAAGGUUCCAGGGCAUAGUUUGGUCUAACUCAUACAGGGAUUGAGAAAGGUGAAGGCAAGGUUGAUGUAGGAUCUUUGAUUGGAAGGAAUGAGGAGGGCUGAAUUGCAACCUACUCUUGAGCCAAUGCAGGGGAAAGAAUGAGGGGGCAAGCUAUCUUGAGAUUUCGAUAAGUUGAACUUGCUUGUCAUGCUUUGGCAUGACUCCCGAAUGCUUUUGCUGUUUGCCUCUGCACUCUGCUAGGCACAUGCAAUUAUGUAUCAUAGGAACAAUUCCUCAGCAUAUGUAGUAUGCUCAAUCUAUCUAACUUUGAAAGCUCAUGCAUCGUGCCUCACGAUUUGUUGGACAGCUGUGGGUGUUGAUACGCUGCUCUGUAUCUUGAAAGGAUUCUAUCCACCGUAUACAGCUUGUCCAUUGUAAUUUUUUUAAUCACACUAGUCUUGCAAGUUCUUCCAGAUAUGCUUUUUCAUUUUUCCAAUUCUAUAAUUCGCAUGGUGGUGCAGAAACUGAUAGCUUUCCCAUGAAAAAAUGGUCAUUCCCACAAAGGCAUGUGCUUUCACCAUUUUGAUUGAUGUAGAACUUAAAUAUGGCUGAUCUUUGAACCUCUUUGUGCUGUCUAUUUAUAUAAGCUAUUUGUUGAAAAAAUCUUCACUUCUGGUUUUUUUUUUUGGUCAAACACUUCUGGUUCAUGUAUAAGAAAGAUGUAGCAGAGCAGAACUGUGUCUUUCCACUCAUCGCUUCAAGUGAACUUUAGUGUUCCCAUUGAAACGGGUUUCCUUGUGAACUAUGAGAAUUAACAGAAGCAAAUAUUUUCAUUAUUGGAGCAAUUAUCCUGGUUUUUUAUUCCAUUAUGUAUCUUUCUUGUUCAAACAUGGUAGUUCGGAAUCUAAAUGUGAAGUUGAUGUGGACUGCCUUCUAUAUCAGAUUUGGCAAGAGAAACCUUAACCUCCAUAGCCAUGAUCAUUCUUUGUCUUCUAAAGGGGCGGUGGGCAAAUUAUAUUUGCUGAAAAAAUUAUUGGCAAUUAGAACAUGAGUGGUCUUGUUAUUUCUGAAAGUACUUUGUAACUUUGACGCUUUAAAAAAGAAAAGAAAAGCAGAGAGCUAUCUCUGAGAAUGCGAUGGAAUGUGCUAAGCUGAUAAUGGGCAGUCAGCUUGCACUUGCUCCUUUCUCAAUUUCACCUUGCUUCCUGUG